AUGGCCGGGGCCUCGGUGAAGGUGGCGGUGCGUGUCCGCCCCUUCAAUUCCAGGGAGAUGAGCCGAGACUCCAAGUGCAUCAUCCAGAUGUCUGGAAGCACCACCACCAUCAUUAACCCCAAACAGCCCAAGGAGACACCCAAAAGCUUCAGCUUCGACUAUUCCUACUGGUCACACACCUCGCCGGAGGACAUCAAGUACGCGUCACAGAAGCAGGUGUACCGGGACAUCGGCGAGGAGAUGCUGCAGCACGCCUUCGAGGGCUACAACGUGUGCAUCUUCGCCUACGGGCAGACCGGGGCCGGCAAGUCCUACACCAUGAUGGGCAAGCAGGAGAAGGACCAGCAGGGCAUCAUCCCGCAGCUCUGUGAAGACCUGUUCUCCCGCAUCAACGACACGACCAACGACAACAUGUCCUACUCCGUGGAGGUCAGCUACAUGGAGAUUUACUGUGAACGCGUCCGUGACCUCCUGAAUCCCAAGAACAAGGGCAAUCUGCGCGUGCGCGAGCACCCGCUGAUGGGGCCGUAUGUGGAGGACCUCUCCAAGCUGGCCGUCACCUCCUACAAUGACAUCCAGGACCUCAUGGACUCAGGGAACAAGGCCAGGACCGUGGCCGCCACAAACAUGAAUGAGACCAGCAGCCGCUCCCACGCUGUCUUCAACAUCAUCUUCACCCAGAAGCGCCACGACGCGGAGACCAACAUCACCACAGAGAAGGUGAGCAAAAUCAGCCUGGUGGACCUGGCGGGGAGUGAGCGGGCCGACUCCACGGGAGCCAAGGGCACGCGGCUCAAGGAGGGAGCCAACAUCAACAAGUCCUUGACCACGCUGGGGAAGGUCAUCUCUGCUCUGGCGGAAAUGGACUCUGGGCCCAACAAGAACCGUGAGAGGAAACGUUCAGCAGGAGAAGGGGUGUGCCUGAGGAGCCGUGAGGAACUUUCUGGGGCCGGGCACGCACGGUCUGUGGAACAGACCGUGCCAGAGAUUCGCGCGGAGGACCGCAAGAGGCUCCGAGGGGACGCACGUGAGGCCGUGGAAAAUCGCGCGGGCUCCGUGUGGGAGGUGCGUGUGCGGAGCCGGCUCGUGACGUCUGAUCGAAUCUGGCCCGCGCUGCUCGGGCCGCGCCGCGCGAAGAGGAGACUGGGGACGGGCGGUCUGGUGCGGCCGCCGGGGCAACGGAAGUCGGCGUCGCGGAGAUCCGGGUGCAAGAUGACGGAGGCCGGGAAGGCGGGGCAGAAGGGGGAGCAGGGGUGGCUCUGGGAGAUGCGGGAGCGGGAGCGGGAGCGAUCGGGGGCUGCCGGCGGCGGACGGAGCGAGCCGUGGUACGCCGACCGGGCCAAACAGAUACGCUGUAACGCCGUCAUCAACGAGGACCCCAACAACAAGCUGAUCCGUGAGCUGAAGGACGAGGUGACCCGGCUGCGGGACCUGCUGUACGCCCAGGGUCUCGGGGACAUCACCGACACCAACACUGUGCCCGGAGGACCCAAAUACGUGUCCGACCUUGAGAACAAUAACCGUAACCGUGGCGGGGCGGAGUUGAACUGGGGACUGGGGUCUCGGUGCCCUUCCACCUGGCCUCCGCUCCUGGCACAGGUCCCUCACCUCACUGUGCUCUUUCCCGCUGCCCAGGAGACGGAGAAGAUCAUAGCCGAGCUCAACGAGACCUGGGAGGAGAAGCUGCGGCGGACGGAAGCCAUCCGGAUGGAGAGGGAAGCACUGCUGGCCGAGAUGGGCGUGGCCAUGAGGGAGGACGGCGGCACAUUGGGUGUGUUUUCUCCAAAAAAGACACCACAUCUCGUCAACCUGAAUGAGGACCCGCUGAUGUCCGAGUGCCUCCUGUACUACAUCAAGGACGGGAUCACCAGGGUGGGCCGGGAAGAUGCGGAGAGGCGGCAGGACAUUGUCCUGAGUGGGCACUUCAUCAAGGAGGAGCACUGUGUCUUCCGGAGCGACUCCCGGGGCGGCAGCGAAGCCGUGGUGACCUUGGAACCCUGUGAGGGGGCAGACACAUAUGUCAAUGGCAAGAAAGUCACGGAGCCCAGCAUCCUGCGGUCAGUCCAGUGGACGGAGAGGGAGUGUGAGCUGGCGCUGUGGGCCUUCCGGAAGUGGAAGUGGUACCAGUUCACGUCUCUGCGGGACCUGCUGUGGGGCAACGCCAUCUUCCUCAAAGAGGCCAAUGCCAUCAGCGUGGAGCUCAAGAAGAAGGUCCAGUUCCAGUUCGUCCUCCUCACGGACACGCUGUACUCCCCACUGCCGCCGGACCUGCUGCCCCCAGAGGCCGCCAAAGAGCGGGAGACGCGCCCCUUCCCGCGCACCAUCGUGGCCGUGGAGGUCCAGGACCAGAAGAACGGGGCCACCCACUACUGGACGCUGGAGAAGCUCAGGCAGCGCCUGGACCUGAUGCGGGAGAUGUACGACCGGGCCGCGGAGGUGCCCUCCAGUGUCAUCGAGGACUGUGACAACGUGGUGACUGGCGGAGACCCCUUCUACGACCGCUUUCCCUGGUUCCGGCUGGUGGGCAGUUCAGUCAUCUCUGGCUGCAACAGCUACCCUCUUCUCAACACAUGCAUGAGCGAGCGCAUGGCUGCUCUCACCCCCUCCCCCACCUUCUCGAGCCCCGACUCCGACGCCACCGAGCCUGCCGAGGAGCAGAGCGUGGGGGAGGAGGAGGAGGAGGAGGAGGAGGAGGAGGAGGAGGAUCUGCAGGACGACGUCUUUCCGGAGCACGCGCUGUGCGACGGCCGGGACCCGUUUUACGACCGGCCCCCCCUGUUCAGUUUAGUAGGAAGGGCCUUCGUGUACCUGAGCAACCUGCUGUACCCCGUGCCCCUGGUGCACCGCGUGGCCGUCGUCAGCGAGAAGGGAGAGGUGAAGGGCUUCCUCCGCGUGGCCGUCCAGGCCACUUCAGCUGAUGAAGAGGCCCCCGAUUACGGCUCUGGCGUCCGACAGUCAGGAACCGCCAAAAUCUCCUUUGAUGACCAGCAUUUCGAAAAGUUCCAGUCCGAGUCCUGCCCCGUGGUGGGGAUGUCCCGCUCCGGGACCUCGCAGGAGGAGCUGCGCAUCGUGGAAGGUCAGGGCCAGGGUGCGGAGGCAGGGCCCUCGGCCGAUGAGGUCAACAACAACACCUGCUCAGCCGUGCCUCCAGAAGGCCUCCUCCUAGACAGCCCUGAGAAAGGCGCCCUGGACGGGCCCCUGGACGCCGCCCUGGACCACCUGCGCUUGGGCAGCACCUUCACCUUCCGUGUGACAGUCCUGCAGGCGUCCAGCAUCUCUGCCGAAUACGCGGACAUCUUCUGCCAGUUCAACUUCAUCCAUCGCCACGACGAGGCCUUCUCCACGGAGCCCCUCAAGAACACGGGGAGGGGCCCCCCGCUGGGCUUCUACCACGUCCAGAACAUCGCAGUGGAGGUGACCAAGUCCUUCAUCGAGUACAUUAAGAGCCAGCCCAUCGUGUUCGAGGUCUUCGGCCAUUACCAGCAGCACCCGUUCCCCCCGCUCUGCAAGGACGUGCUCAGCCCCCUGAGGCCCUCACGCCGCCAUUUCCCGAGGGUCAUGCCGCUGUCCAAGCCAGUGCCUGCCACCAAGCUCAGCACCCUCGCGCGGCCCUGCCCGGGGCCCUGUCACUGCAAGUACGACGUGCUGGUCUACUUCGAGAUCUGUGAGCUGGAGGCCAACGGCGAUUACAUUCCUGCGGUGGUGGACCACCGCGGCGGGAUGCCGUGCAUGGGGACCUUCCUGCUCCACCAGGGUAUCCAGAGACGGAUAACCGUGACACUGCUGCACGAGACGGGCAGCCACAUCCGCUGGAAGGAAGUCCGAGAGCUUGUCGUGGGUCGGAUUCGAAACACACCAGAAACUGACGACUCCCUGAUCGACCCCAACAUCUUGUCUCUCAACAUCCUCUCCUCCGGCUACAUCCACCCGGCCCAGGACGACCGGCAGUUUCUUGAUUCGGACAUGCCUAGCGUUUCGUUCGGAAAUGACACUAGAACCUUUUACCAGUUUGAGGCCGCGUGGGACAGCUCCAUGCACAACUCUCUGCUGCUGAACCGGGUCACCCCGUACCGAGAGAAAAUCUACAUGACCCUCUCGGCUUACAUUGAGAUGGAGAACUGCACCCAGCCAGCCGUCAUCACCAAGGACUUCUGCAUGGUCUUCUACUCUCGGGAUGCCAAGCUGCCCGCCUCGCGCUCCAUCCGCAACCUGUUUGGCAGCGGGAGCCUGCGGGCCUCGGAGAGCAACCGCGUGACAGGCGUGUACGAGCUCAGCCUGUGCCAUGUGGCCGAUGCCGGCAGCCCAGGGAUGCAGCGGCGGCGGAGGCGUGUGCUCGAUACGUCUGUGGCCUACGUCCGCGGCGAGGAGAACCUGGCGGGCUGGAGGCCCCGGAGCGACAGCCUCAUCCUGGACCACCAGUGGGAGCUGGAGAAGCUGAGUCUCCUGCAGGAGGUGGAGAAGACCAGGCACUACCUGCUGCUGCGGGAGAAGCUGGAGACCACGCAGCGGCCCGGCCCCGAGGCGCCGUCCCCCGCCUCCAGCGAGGACUCCGGCUCCCACGGCCCGUCCGGCCCCUCGUCCCCACUCUCGGCCGAGGGCCGGCCGUCCCCCCUGGAGGCUCCCAACGAGAGACAGCGGGAGCUGGCCGUCAAGUGCUUACGCCUCCUCACGCACACGUUCAACCGAGAGUACACGCACAGCCACGUGUGCGUCAGCGCCAGCGAGAGCAAGCUCUCCGAGAUGUCUGUCACCCUGCUUCGGGACCCAUCCAUGUCCCCUCUGGGGGCAGCCACGCUCACACCCUCCUCCACCUGCCCCUCUCUGGUGGAGGGGCGGUACGGAGCAGCCGAUCUGAGGACCCCGCAGCCCUGCUCCCGGCCGGCCAGCCCAGAACCUGAGCCUGUGCCCGAGGCAGAUUCCAAGAAGCUUCCAUCCCCUGCUCGGGCCGUGGAGGCGGACAAAGAGCCCCCACGCCUGCUGGUUCCUGACAUCCAGGAGAUCCGGGUCAGCCCCAUCGUCUCCAAGAAGGGCUACCUGCACUUCCUGGAGCCACACACGGCCGGCUGGGCCAAGCGCUUCGUGGUGGUACGGCGGCCGUAUGCCUACAUGUACAACAGUGACAAGGACUCUGUGGAGAGGUUCGUGCUCAACCUGUCCACCGCCCAGGUGGAGUACAGCGAGGACCAGCAGGCCAUGCUCAAGAUCACCUUGUCGCACCCCGGCCAGUGGUCUGGGGCCCCCUCAGCCUGGCUGUCCCCAAGCGGCACUGACGAGGCCUGUGGAUAUUGUACGGGUUCCGCGCCCUGA